AAAAUAUACAACAUUACGAAGGCCGAAAUAUAUUUAGUUUUCAACACCUAUUUUUACAUAUAUUAUAAAAUGUCUGAUCCUGAAGACAUUGAUUGUGAUUUCCCCAUUAGCUUUGAGCCUAAUCCUGAGACAUCUCCUGAACCAGAGGAAAUGGGCCUUCUUCCCCCAAAUCACCCACUACUAAGCAAGUUUCAGGACUGUUUAAAGGGUCACUUAAUACGUACUAAACGUGAUAUAGAAAAUGAAAUUGCAGAAAUAAAACACCAUGUUAAACUGAGAGAACAGCGACGAGAGGAGCAAGGAUUGACAUUGUAUGAUAUGCAACAGAAAAUGAAAUUUCAAGAAAAACAAAUUAUGGAGUUAUCCGCUGUUAUAGAAAAACAUUUAAAAAAUCGACAAGAUGAAGAAUUUAACACAAAAACCUUAAAAGCGGAAAACGAAGAAAAAAUUAAGUUAACUAAGUCACAAAAAACUCUUUACCAUGAAAGAAUGGCAGAACUAGGUGACAUGCAAAGUUUAGGAAGUAACAUCAAAAGAUGGGCUUGUUCCGUUGAGGAUGAAGUAAAAAAUGCUAAACGCAUUGUUAGUAGAGACGCCCAGUUGCAAGACCAGCUAUCACAGGAAAAACGAAAAUCAGAUAUACUCUUUUAUCGGCUGGAUAUAGAAAUAAAAAAGAGAGAAAACGAGUUACUGUCGAUUUGUGAAGAAGAAGCUACAAUGAAAGAAGUGAUUAAUAUUUUAAAUAUGAGCAUAGCAAAUGCCAAUACAGAUUUAGAGGUUUUGCAAAAUGAACACAAACGGCUCACACAGGCAUGGAACGAGGUUAUUAUAGCCAUUCAGUUGAGAGAUAAAAUUUUAUUUCAAGUACAAAGCGCAGCAAGAAAACACAGGGAGGCAAUGAAACACAAUAUAGCGGGAAUAGAAGCUAUCAAAAAACAAAUUGGAAAGGAAAUGGAACUAAAUAAAAAAUUGGAUUCAUUUAAGCAACGACUGGCAGAUGAAACUAAUUCCUUAAGAAGGGAAUGUCAGGAUGAAAGCGAUUCUCUUUCGAAGAUGCAAGCAAAGCUAGAUGACCUGCCAGAGUUUUUGAAUACAACAGAAGCUGAUUUACAAGAUGCUUUACGAGAGGGAACUCAUCUAUUCACAGAAAUUCGAAAACUAGACAUCGCCUUGGAUAAAUUUUUUACGCAAAAGUUUCGCACUGAGGAAACAAUUUUAAGGUUAGCGCAGGAUCACUUAAUAACAGACAAGGCUACCGCUUACCGUUUGAAGCUAUUAGGUAAAUCUCAGGAAAAACGUCGAAAUGUCGAUUUAUCAUUAUCUAAAGUUCAAAAUCAAUUGUCAAUAUCAAUGCUUGAGGUUGAAAAACUAAGAUGCGUAGUUUUUAAUGAAAGAGCCUAUAAUGAUAGUACGAAAACAAAAUUAAAGAACGCAGAAAAUAAAUCUUCUACAUUGGAAAAUGGUUUAAAAAAGAUACACAUUCAAAUUGAAAUUAAAAUGAAAUUAUACGAAAAGAUUAACUGCAAAAUUGAGGAAAUGGAUCAUUUAUUUGGCGAUGCGUCCGGAAAUCCAACAGACUUAAAGAUUAAACAGCUUGAAAAAUCCAUUCACAUAGGAGAACUGCAAGUUCGUGAACAUCAGCAGUUUUGGAUAAUGCUGCAGAAUCAUUUUGUAAAUCUGUCCCAAAAAAGAAACGAUCAGCUAAAUGAAAUUCAAGUCACUCGGAAACAACUAUCCAUUAUUAGGCAAAAGUCAUUAAAAAGUGACCAAGAGCUGGAGAUAUCACAUAGAAAAGCAAAGGAAUUACAAAUAUUUAUUAAAAAAUUUACAUCGAAAUUGGAACUGCUUAACGACAAGAUAUAUAAAAAAAGGAUUCACCAUGAUGUAGAGGAGAGUGAGUUCGACCACGAACAGGCUGAGGAAACUCAAAAACUAAAGAUUGCUGAGCUGGAAAUACUUAAAUUGGAAGGAAAAAUUGUUGAGCUACAAAACGAAAUUGAACUUCACAAAGAUUUUGUAAUAGAUAACCAUAGGGAAACAUUAUCGUGGGAAACAAAAUACAAAAUGAUCGAAGAAACUAUUAAAUGGGCGAAAUUAGAGCGCUCUGUAAAAGGUGAAAUCGGUCUUAUGAAAACUGAAAUACACCGCAUGAAUAUAAGAUAUAGUCAACUUAAACGAGCACAGGAAAGUCUUGUUUUGGAUCUAGAACAUUGCGUUAUGCAUCGUGAACAAAUCUUUGUCAAUGCAUCGGUCAAGGAGCACUUACAAGCCAAAUUUAAGCAAUUAAAAAAUACUUCUCAAAUUCAGGUUAGGCUUGAUGAAGUUCACAAUAGGACUAAGCUCAUAAGUAAUGAAAUAACGUUUUUAUCGGAAAAGCAAUUAAUUGAUGACAUUAAUAAAAUUGAACGUAUGAUUUAUAUGCUCCGUAGAAUUCAGUCAGAUCUUAACGAUAUCAUUAAGGAGGAUGUCAACAUUCAGGAUCGAAUAGAAGAAGGAAUAUUAGCUAAGCAUGCAAACUUGGAACAAAUAAUACGAAAACAGAUGAGAGCAAAAGCUUAUAAAAGGCUUAAUACUUUAAAAUCACAGCAAGUAAUGCUCCGUUCAGAGUUGACAGUUCAACAGCUAUCUCAAAAGCAAAGCGAGCUAAAUUAUAAUCUUACAGAAAUUGCAAAGGCUCUUUUACUAGACUAUCCUAAAAAGAAAUCAUAUGUUUUUAAAGUACUUCAUGUUCUUAAUGACUAGAAAUACAAUAAAAAAUAUAAAUUUUCAUAAUACAGAUAAAAAUAG